AUGCUCAACGUCCAAAGCCCCGAUUCCGAUGUCUCGCCCAAGACUCCGAUACAGCCCUCUGACCAGACAAAAACGGACUACUUCUCCAUCGAGUCUUCGUCGCAGGCGCAGUCGCAGAGGAAAGACGAGGAAACCAAGACCAACGAUGCAGAGCCAUUGAGCCGUGCGACCACACUUUCGAGCUUCGCAAGCCCCUCCCCCCUUGAAAGCGCAACAGGGAGCUUCUCUGCCGAGUCGUCGCGGACCGAGUCGUAUGGAGGGAGGCCGAGGGGAUCAUCGAUAGCGUCGCUGAGCUUUGCACCGUUACGGAACCCAUCGCUGCCGCAGGGCAACCAGAAGAAGACGAACAAGGAGCGUAUCAGGGCCUCAUCGCCUCCACCCGAAAGUCCGGAAGCUUCGGAUCAAGACUUCGAUCCCACGGCUACCUUCUCCGCAGCCAUGCCGCAGAUCCGAGCGCUUCGCUCUCCCGUGGAUUGA